CUGUCAAUGUGUCAACAAGUCGAUGUCCGUGAUCCUACAUUUUUAUCACUAAAACCAAAAAGAAAGUAAUUUCUUAAUAGUUUUAACCUUAAUUUCCUAUUAUUGUUCGUAUUCAGAAGAGCUGAAAUAAGGAAACAAAGGUUUUACAAAUAUUAAUUAUAAAGGAUACGUGGAUAUAAAAUGACAUUCAUACCUAGUUGGGAAGAAUUUGAAAGGUCUGCAGAAAUGUUGUAUUUGCGGGAUCCAAUUAACACACGAUACAGCAUGAAGUAUUCCCAUUCGAAGGGGGCAUUUCUUGUUAAAAUUACAGAUAAUAAAAAGUGUCUCCAAUACAAAACAGAAGUCCAGCAAGAUGUCAGGAAAAUAGACAAGUUUAUUUCAAACUUAAUGAGACAUAUGGCAUCUAAUGAUAAAUAAAAAAAUAAGGAUUGAAA